AUACAUUUAGUACUGCUGUUUUCUUGGGGCACCUUUAGAAAAUAUAGAUAAAUGCUCUUUUGCUUUGCCCCAGCUGUUUCUGGUUCUAAACCCAUAUGCUUGCUUUUCAGCAGAGCUGUGCAGAGUCUUAAUUCAUUGGCAUCUGCUUUGGUUGCUCUGUAUAUACUUGCAGUGUUGCAAGAUUAACCUAUGGAAUCGUGUUUGAGAGGAGUGUGGUUUCUUUCAUCUGUUUUACUUAUUGAGAGGAUACCCCAAAACUUCAGUUCUUUAGAGCUUUAGCAGCUUUUUAAUUUCCUGUCUACAUCUAUUCAUAGUUAGUCCAUAUGCACUUGCUGUUUUCCCAGCGUUGUCCUUCCUCUUAAAUAACCUUCAUGUCUUGAGUAGUUGCUCCUUCAACAGAGAACAAGCCUACUCCCUUUCAUCUUUUGUUUAGUUAGCCUUCUUGCAUAAGGUUGUUGACGUGAUCAAGGGAGUAGGAAGUGUUUUUCUGUCUAGUUUGACUGGCAUCCAGAAUUGUACACCGUAUCAUGGAUUGCUGAUAACUUGUACGAUAGCAUUUCAUGUUUCCUUGUGCCUUGCUGAAAUGUUUACCUGGCUUGUUUCAUUCUAGGAUUUGCCUUUCUGUGGCUGCCUUACCUUUGUGGCCUGUGUCUUCUUGCGCUAGAACUUGGCGUAUUCGUCAUCCUCCUGUUUCUGACUGCUGAGCACUUAAUUUCUAGUAGAAUCUUCUGUUGACUCUGACUGUGUGAAUUUGCAUUUUGUCCUAUUAACUGUUACCUUUUUCUACCUAAUCCAGUCCUCAAGGGCUUACAUUUCCCCUUACGUUACAUUUUAGCCUUUCCUUUUAUUGAUAAUACCUUCCAACUUUCUGCUAGCUUCCCUGUAAGACCCUUACCCUUGCUGUCAGUGUCAGCCAGGAUAUAUUAAUAUUUAUUUCAAGACUGAUUUUUGAGGCAUUCAGGGAGUAAACUCCCCACCCUCAUAAGAACACUUUAUGUUACUGGUAGAGCGAUCCAAGAACUGUAGCUAAUAACUUGCACGUGGCAUCCUAUGGAAUGUUUCUCUGCAAUCUGAACAGACAACUGGUGCUAGAUUAGCCUUUGGUAAAAUGUCCUUGCCUAGCAGAGUAGCUGCUUUCUGUUACAAUUCGCCACGUUUCCCCUUCAUUUCUCAGUCUGUAAUAAUUCCUGUCUUAAAUGUUUGGCAUAAAGUCUUGCAAAUGUUUGAGGACAAGUUAAUUGGGGGGGUUCUUGGGUGUUUCCUUUUUUCUUGAAAUGUAGGGACAAUAUUUUCCAUUCUUCAGUCCGUGGCUUUACCUUGAUUUGACGGAUUAAAAUUUCUAAAUUCUGAACCUGCAAUUUUAUGGCAUUUCUUUCUAAUUUUUGAGAUUAUUACUGGUCUGCUCCCCCAUUCCUGCCGUGAUUAUUUUUUUAAUAUGUCAGAGCCUCACUUUUUUGCUUUUAAUUGUAUGAGGGAUGUCUUGUUAUAUAAUAUGUGACUGUUGGGGACUUCAAUUUUGGUGCUUUCCAGGCUCUAGGGCAGAAGUCUCUGUUAAUCCCUCCCUAGUCUUUGCAAUGUUUUUCUUGUAGUUUGCAGAUUAUUUGACAAAUGGAGGUGUUUGCUCUUCAGGUUAUUGGCUGACUGACUCCAUGAAACAAAAUGUCAGACUCUCUUUUAAAGCAAAAAUUGUGUCUCAGAAAGCCUUUUCAGUGAACUGGAUUUCCAUUGCAAAAAGUUAUUUUAAUAUUCCACUUGAUCCAGUUUUUUUUAGAGUAUCGUCAGUGACCUGGGAUCAUUACAAGUAGGGUUGCCUUCUCUGCGAGGACCAAGCGGGCUAAGCAGUGUUACAGGAAAUGCAAGUCAUAUGACUGUGGCGUCAUCGUGUCUAGAAUCAGUAAUUAUAUCAAAGCUGGAAUUUUCUACGUUUGCUAUACAAAGGCAAGGCAAACAAAUGAAGGUGUGUGGGAUUAAAUUUCUGAUUUUCAUCCAUGUGGUUCUGCUUUAUCUUCUGAAAAACAGCAGUCUGGAGUAGUCCUCAGUUUUCUUGUUGUCCUCCACUUUUCAUAUAGGGACUCUGUUUUUAUAUAGUUAGAAUGGCUCUGUGUAAAAGCUAAAAAUAUUUAUGUGCAGGCAAGAUUUUAUUUCACACAGCUUUGGGGGGCAAAUCAGUCUCUAGAAAAUUUUUAUUUUAGUGAUGACAGUCUCUAGCAAAUGCCAUAUUGAAUUGAAAAGUUCUUCAUGCUAAAUCAGUGCUUAAGUGCUUGUUUUCUUUCUGUUUCUAGCAUAAAAAUUGACACAGGUGGAAAAAAUGCUAGGUUUUAGUAUAUUUAGUUUUUUUAAACUGACAUGUAAUUUGGUACUGUUGGCGAGCUUGGCUCCAGGGAAUUCAGGACUGAAAUAACAAAAUAUUUUGCAAAUUUGCAUGUCUUGCGUGCUAGGCAGCAUAGAGGUAGAGCUGUUGCAAGGCCAGGAUUGAUCAUUUUGCUGUGUCAAAUGCUAAUGCCAUAUGUUAAAUGGGAUAUAGAUUUCCAGCCGAAGCGGUCAGUGAGAGAUUUGUGGUGUGUAACAGCGUGAUAUACUUUUGGUAGGAAUCAAAGUGUCGUGUUGGUUACCUCGGCGGAGUUCUUCGCAGAAGUUUUGGAGUGCCUGUAUCAUGCUUGGGGAAUUCUGGGGGCUGUGAGGUUCCUGCAAUUCCCUUUCUUUUCUUCCAUGUCAUCUUCAUAGAGGCAUUUUAGGAUUCCCCCAGUUGCUUGUGCUGUUUUCCUUACUUCUUGCCACUGUGAGUAUAGAUAGAUCCUAGACAUAUCUGAGAGCUCUCGGUGGUGUAUGAGAAACGGGGCGUGAGCCUUCCAUAUUUGCCAACCCGAGGGAUCCCGGUGCUGGCUGUGCAUCCCUGAGACCGCGGCAGGCCUCGCGAGAGGCGCUGCACGAAAGCUGCAAGGGCCGGAGGCUGCGAGCUCUGGCCUGCCAGAGUGAACGUGCAGUAGCACGCUUAAUUAUGAAUACAGAUGUGCCGGGAUCUUUAAAGACUGAGGAUUUGACAUUCGAAAAGGUGUAAACAGGGAUGCUUUUGAGGGUUGCCGUGUGUUGCCCAGUUGCAGUCCUCGUAGUAUUUUUUUUUUCCCCGUCUUUUGGUGUUAUUUAUGUGUGUUACCCAUCCCUUUCUUGUGAAAAAGGGGAAAAGAACUAGUGCAGUUAAGCUGGAAAGGCUGACGUUCAGCUUUCCUUUCAGAUGCAGCCGUCCUUUUGGAUGUUGUGGUAGAGGGAGGGUCCUGAAAAACUUGACUUUAGCGUGCCACGGUGAAGCAUUACCUUCUUUUCUGGAAGAGCUGGUGACAGUGUUUUAAGGCAGGGGCUUGCCAAGCAUUUCUUCUUUUGGCAGUAAUAUCAGUAAACAGUUCCCAUCCCCUUCCCAGCUGCUCAUUUUAGUGCUAUCUCCUCUCUUGUGUUGGCAUAGUUUUUUGUGCAGCUGCAUGGCAAAUCAGAUCAGGGAACUGAUCCAGUUAAAAAUGAUUAAUUGUGGUUUUCGAAUUCUUUGUGGGUUUUUAAAAAUAUACCAAGGAGCAAUAAAAAGAAGUAUAUUUUGCUUUUAUCGUUAUUUCUAUAAAAGUAAGCUCAAGUGUAGUGUUCCUUCAUUAAUUGGAGGAAUACAGGGUAUAAGACAUAGCAUUUUUUUUUUUUUAAAGCUUACGUUCUCUUGGAACUUAAAAAAUCUUGGAAAAUGCAUCCUCCCACAUCUGUUUCUUCUGAUCAAAGUCCAUGUCUCAGCAUCUGUGAAGUCAUUCUCCUUCAAGAUUAUUCUUCAGCUGGAGCUCGUGUUAAGCAAAAAAACAGAUGCUGUUAAAUUUGUCAUGCUGGCAGGGAAGAAAACCUCAAAAGUUGCAGGAGUUUGCCGCAGGGCAGCCUUCAUAUUCUCACCAGGACCGCGUCUGCUCCUGGAACGGGCUGCGUAGAUACAAGAGGAGGGAGUUCGCAUUUGAUACGCCUCCGUGUAUGAACGUGCUGGCUGGGGGAGAGGAGGAAGAGCACGGGAGCUGUGAAAAAGGCUACAAAUGAAUAUAACACCAGUGAAGACUGGGGUCUUAUUAUGGAUAUAUGUGACAAAGUUGGAAGUACUCCAAAUGGAGCAAAGGAUUGCCUUAAAGCCAUCAUGAAGAGAGUGAAUCAUAAAGUUCCCCAUGUGGCUUUGCAAGCACUUACACUUUUAGGAGCCUGUGUAUCAAACUGUGGAAAAAUUUUUCACUUAGAAGUAUGUUCUCGUGAUUUUGCUAGUGAAGCUCGAGGUAUAAUAAAUAAGGCUCAUCCAAAAGUAUGUGAAAAGCUAAAAACCCUAAUGGUGGAGUGGUCAGAAGAAUUUCAGAAAGACCCGCAGUGUAGCUUAAUAGCUGCAACUAUUAAAUCUUUAAAAGAAGAAGGUGUAACUUUUCCCACAGCUGGAUCACAGGCUACCACAAAUGCUGCUAAGAAUGGUUCAUCAUUAAGUAAAAACAAAGAAGAUGAAGAUAUAGCUAAAGCUAUCGAAUUGUCUUUGCAAGAGCAGAAACAGCAACAAAUGGAAACUAAAUCCUUGUACCCAUCUGCAGAAAUUCAGCAAAACAAUCAGAACGCGAGGAAAGUGCGAGCUCUGUAUGACUUUGAAGCCGUCGAGGACAAUGAGCUCACCUUUAAAAGUGGAGAAAUUAUUUUUGUUUUGGAUGACAGUGACACCAAUUGGUGGAAAGGUGAAAAUCAUAGAGGAGUAGGACUGUUUCCAUCUAAUUUUGUGACUUCUGACUUAGAUGUGGAACCAGAGGCAGCAACUGUGGAUAAAAAUUCUGUUCCUGAGGAUACUACAGAAGAAAUUAAGAAAGCAGAACCUGAGCCAGUUUAUAUAGAUGAGGAUAAGAUGGAUAAAACACUGCAGGUACUUCAGAGUAUAGAUCCUACAGAUUUAAAGCUCGAUUCUCCAGAUCUUCUAGACUCAGAAGAUAUUUGUCAACAGAUGGGUCCAAUGAUAGAUGAAAAACUAGAAGAGAUAGAUAGAAAACACUCAGAAUUAUCUGAAUUGAAUGUGAAAGUUCUAGAAGCUCUGGAGCUGUAUAACAAACUGAUGAAUGAAGCACCGAUGUAUUCGGCCUACUCAAAACUCCACCAUCCUGCACAAUACCCACCUACAUCUUCUGGUGUUUCAGUGCAGUCAUAUCCUGUACAGCCACCUAGUGGAAACUACAUGAUCCAGGGUGUUCACCAAGUGACCAUUUCACCAGGUUAUAGCCUAGGACCUGAUCAGAUGGGGCAGUUGAGGUCUCUGCCACAAAGUAUAAAUUCUUCUGGAGCACCUCAGCCAGCUCAAGCUGCGUAUUUAAGCCCAGGACCGGAUUCUGUGUUAAACCAGACGUACGUGAACCAGAACCCCGGCCUUCCCUCGGCUGCCAGCACAGCUGCUUACACCCAGCAGCAGAUGGGAAUGUCAGUGGAUAUGUCGGCUUACCAGAACAAUGCGUCGAGUUUGCCUCAAGGACCAGGUUAUCCCGUGGCAGUUCCCGCUCAUUCCGUUCUACAGCAACAAACAAAUUACCAUCAACAGCCUCUCCUUUAAAAACAAACCGGCUCAUGUUUCCGAAUUAACGAAUAAAGGUUGCCUGACCUAAUGAGUUUUAGGAAUACCUGUCACGGAUAUCAAAAUACGUUUUCCUUUUUAAAUAACCCAACUUACUGCAUUAUGCAGAUGCAUCAGAUCUGAUUGUUAAGCAUUUGCAUAAAGAUAGCUUGAACUAGAGUAGCUGAUGGUUUAAAAUAAUUUCAGAUUACUCUGAGCCCUUAUUUCAGCAGUUUCAAGAAACGCCACUUCUGAAUCUUAAGUUAAAAGAUUGUCUGAAAAUAAUUUUCUUUUCAUUGUGUUUAUGAGAACUUGAGGAUGCUUGAUCGUUGUUAUGCGUUGCUCUGGUUAUGCAUUGCCUCCUCCGGUAUCUUACUAUAACCUUUCUAUCCAAGUGGCUUUAGAGAAUCUCUGCAGGGUUAGAGACCACCUUCUCUCUGCGCUGCUGUAGUCAGCUUUGCAAUAUGAUGCGCACUGCGUAAUUGGAACAACUGCACGAGCUCGGCAGAUGAGGGGAGGAAGAGGAAAUGAUUUGGUAUUGUGACGGUGAGGACCAUGUACCUACAGAUGAGGUUUUUACAGUGCUGCCUCUUAGAUUUUGGGCAACUGCAGAGAACUUCUGAUGUGUUUUGCUUGAAGAAAACAGGUGGGGUUUUGCUAGAACUCGCUUGUGUCUUCUGGCAGAGGUGGAGCUGCAAGCACGAGUCUCCUUUGCAAGAGCAGGCAAGGGAUGCUCCCAGCUGACUGCGUGGGCAUUCUGUGGAUACAAGGUGCUGAGCCAGAAACUUGCACAGGGUCUCUUUUCUUUUCCUUUCUGGAUGUGUUUAGAAGUGAAGGAGUAUCGUAGUUCCUUGUGGUAAAGGAGGGGCUCAAGAAUGUUUGAAGCUUAAGACUGUGAGAAUCUGCCUUGUUCCCUUUCCAGUGGGGAGCCGAGCGGAACAGGAAUCGUCUUUAUGGGACCAGGGGGUUCUUGCCUCUCUUGGAUUUCCUUUCUCCGCCACCGUUUCCAUGUCUAAAUCGGUGUCAAUUGUAGUCAGAGAAACUCUUAAACCAUCUGCAAAAGGUACAGGCAGAGUACACGUGCUUUGCGAGGGGGAUUGUGCUCCUCGUUUAAUACAAGGAGCGGUUGCAUAUUGAAAACGACAGACGUGUCGUUACAAAAGGAGUUGCCUUGGAACUGUGGAAGCGUAGCAUUUGGUGGCUAAGAAAAGAAAUCUAAGAAUUUCUUCCCUGAUGCACUUUUUUAACGGGUGGGGUUUGUACAAGAGGAGCAGAUGAGCUGAAUUGUCUUUCAGGAAUGUGGGAUUUCUUUCUUUUCUUGUUUCAACCUCUGAAAAAAAAAA